UCGCCGUCUAUCUCAGCUACAACGGCGGCUAACUUUCAAGGCUUCGAUGCGCGACGAAGCUCUCGCGCGAGCGAGCGGGCGGGUGGCUGCACAAACGCACACGCUCGUCGCGGGUUUAUCCUUCGCUGCGAUGCUCGCCUCUCGCAGCGGUCAGGGCGUGAGGUCGUUACGAGGAAAUUGCCGCUCCAAAGUUCAAAAUCGCCCCGCGCGAUUAUUCGCAAUGAUCGAUCGCACGCGGAGCAUAUAUGUAUUAAAAAACACGCGCAGAGAACGCGUGCAUUCCAAAAUCUUCCGCUUUAGCUGAUUCUUGAGAAACGGCGGUGACGUCGGCAGCGUGAGCGCGUAUCGGUGAAAUCGCAUGAGGAGUGGCGAAGCGCAGGGAGAAAAAGAGAAUGUUGUGUGUGUGUGCAUGUGUGUAUGCUUGAGGUCUUGGAUAGUGGAGAGAGAAGGGAAACGGAUUCCCUUCUCGCGUCUCAACCGUUCGCUUGGCCAAUCCCCACCGCGUCCCACCGUCGCCGACCGCAACGUCACCGUUCCCCCGCUCUCGGGUCUGCACAGCGCGCGCGGACCUGCCCAGUAAAUGCGAGGCUUCCGUUCGACGGGUUUAUGUGCCAGUGAGAGAGUGCGUAAAAAGCGCGCUGUACACAGACUGUUCCGCGUACCUCGGCGACGUCGUCGCCGUCGUCACUGAACGGACCAUCGCGCGAGCGUCACUAUGCCGCUCAGCAUCGGUGUUAACUUGCGGGUGACCGGCCACUGUAAUCAGGGCGGCCGCAAGUAUAUGGAGGACAUGUUCUGCGUGGCGUUCCAGCCAACACCGGACGACAAGGAUUUGGAAUACGCGUUUUUCGGCAUUUUUGACGGUCACGGAGGCGGGGAGGCCGCGACAUUCGCCAAGGAGCAUCUUAUGGACAUCAUUGUUAAACAGAAGAACUUUUGGAGCGACCGCGAUGAAGAUGUGUUACGGGCGAUCAGGGACGGAUACAUGAACACGCACUACGCGAUGUGGCGGGAGCUCGAUAAAUGGCCAAGAACCGCAUCGGGACUGCCGUCCACAGCUGGCACAACUGCUAGCAUCGCGUUCAUACGAAAAGGCAAGAUCUACAUAGGCCAUGUGGGAGAUUCGGCUAUUAUUUUGGGCUAUCAGGUAGAAGGUGAUCCUCAAUGGAGAGCAAAAGCCUUGACAAAAGACCACAAGCCAGAGAGCGGACCAGAAAUGACUCGAAUACAGGAAUCAGGUGGAAAAGUGGUUAGUAAAUCUGGUGUUCCAAGAGUUGUGUGGAAUCGACCUCGCAUAGGACACAAAGGACCAGUUCGUAGAUCUACUCAUAUGGACGAAAUUCCCUUUCUUGCUGUAGCUCGAUCAUUAGGUGAUCUGUGGAGUUACAAUUCCGAAUUAAACACGUUUGUUGUCUCUCCCGAACCAGAUGUAAAGGUUAUUCCUGUUGAUGUCAAAUCACAUCGUUGUCUCAUUUUUGGUACUGAUGGUUUGUGGAAUAUGUUAUCAGCGCAAUCUGCGGUAGCUAUUGUUCAAGCCACCGAUCGACAUAACGAGAAUCAUUUAAUAGCUUCUCAACAGGCUGGCAAUGGCGCUGACGUACAAAUGUGGAUAAAUCCUUCAAAAAGUCUUGUAGAUCGUGCAUUGGAAAGAUGGUCAUCAACCAGAUUACGGGCAGACAAUACUAGUGUUGUAACGUUAAUGUUAGAUCCAUCAGGACCGUGUCGCAGCGAGGUAUUAUUUAAUCAAAAGAAGGAUCGUGUAAUACAUCAUGGGACACAUACACCAAUUACAACGACAACAUCUGAAAACAUUGAGAAAAUUAAUUCGAAAGUUCCAACACCACACGUGCUGAUACCACUUUCAGGCGCUUCUGCGAAUUCCAACAUUGAUUGUAAACAACCGGACUCGUCGAACGGAAGUGAAGAGACUGUUGAGCAGCCAUUAGAUCCGGAAGCAGUCACGUUACAGUUUGAGAAACCAAUUUUACCAGAUGUUAAUAUUUCCUCGGAAUUAAAAGAAGACAUCACGACAGACAAUAUUGAAUUUAUUGACGCUGACGAGAGUAUCCAGGUCGAUGAAAUCUCCUCUAGCCAGAUGCUAGAAGAAACUGCAGAACUGGAAGCUAAAAAAGUGGAAAUUGUUACCCAUAAAUCAGAAAAUCAGAAUGAAAAAAAACAAAUAGCUGAACCGAAUGAAACUGAGAAGGCAAAAAAUGAUAACGCGCAGAUUUCGGUCCACACCGAUCUCGCAGAUUCCGAUUCAAAGUCGUCGGAUAAAUUUAUCAAGCCUAAGGAACUCGUGGAUGAAACAGGACUGUCUAAUGCGUCGCAAGGGAAUACUUUUCCCGCGAAAAAAGAGACCAAGUUCGCUCCUGUUAUAAAUAGAAUACGUCGGAGUUACAGUGUCAAGAGUAACAGUUUUGACAACGGCGAGAUGAGAAACGGUGUUUUAAACGGAUCGAGGCACAAACAGCAGCACUCUUUAUUUCCCGCCACGAGGACGGGCGUUAGAACGAUGAAGCGACGACACAGUUUGAACUCCUCGCAGACGCAGAACGUCUUCUCCGACGCGACGACUCCAGAUACAAAAACUUACGUAAAGUCGCGCUACAGCAAGGUGUCGACCGCGAAACAGUCCGUCACGGGAAACGCGACGAAGGAAGAGACGACGAAGAAUACGUCGAAACGGACGGGCAGCGACUGCAAUAUAAGCAACAAACGCAGGCAUAGCACGAUCUCGCAAGCAUCGGCGGUUGCGUCGACCGGUGUGGAGAACGGCUGUGUGCAGCAGGAGCCGUGCGCGAAGAGAAGAACGCGUUCCGAGGACCGACGACAGAGUCCUACAGACGAGAACGAUCCAGCGAAUCAGGCGAUGAAGAAUGCCAGCGGUCGCCUAAGUUGGCUCACAUCGGAUGGACGACCCGACUCGAUAUCGUUGAACGGCGCCACGACGACGACGUUAUCCGGACAGGAUAAGCUCUCAUCGUCGUCGAACACGUUUCAACGUAGGAGUUUAGGUAAAAAGGCGACGCCCGUUAAAGCCAUCAGGAGGCCGUCCAUUAACGGUUCGAGUCGACUGCAACAACUGAGAGGCAGUUUCGGCCUAAGGGAUUGGGACCAAGGAAGAAACAACCGGACGAACAACUGUAACGACAGAAGGACGCUAAAUAGAACAGUUGCGAUUAUUGGCCCUACAGAUACGACGAUGCCACAACGAUGGCUAAGAUCAGAUACAAUGGCAGCAACACCUGUGAAAACGCUACGUUCGCGUAAUGUAGAUAUCGCCGGACACACCAUAUCUGCACAACUAGUUCACCAAUACGGAGUAGUGAAGCAGAAUCGAUUGCCUCUACCGAGCAAGUUGAAGCAGCCCGCAAACGAUGGAUCACUGCAAUCGAGUAGAGUUAGGUCUUCCUCAUUGUCAUCCAAACUCAAACACGCGAAUAGUAACGGUGGAAGCGUGAGUACUUGCGCGACCAUUAAUUCGGCGGGUACAGGUUCCACAUCCGGUAUAGCGAAGAGGGUGAAGUCACCAUACAAUCCUAGUGCUCGAUCACUAAGCACGCGAUCUCGCAUCAAACGUCUUGGAAAGUGAAAGGGUAGUAAAUGGCCGUAGUUUUGCGUUCGAAUUCGCAAAAUUUUUAGGGUAUGACACUUUUACCCUUAUUUUCUUUACUACCUUCGAAUCGUCUACAGUGAUAUAACAUUGUUACAAAUGCUUUAAAUAUACUGUUCAACUUUAAAACUUUCCUAUUUUCACUUUUAAAACUAUUUGCUUUCAUUUAUUCGAAAUAUUAACUACGAAUGGGACUUUAGCAUCAUAUAUAAAUUCAUAUGUCUAUUUUAUAUUUUCAAAUAGAAUUAAAAGAACUUACGAGACGUAGAAUAAUCAAACAUUGUAUGAUUGUUUAGGUAUAUAUGGAAAUUUAGGUCCCACUUUAUUGCGCCAAUUUUUCAAUCUGUUUGUGACUGAUUUAUUGAAUAUUUACUUUAUCCUCAAUUGUAUUUUGUUAAUGAAAUUACGCUGACUUUUUGUGUUCAUAUAUGAGUUCAUGUCUUUUAUUUUAUAAAAUAUUAUUUGUCCCAUAUGAAAAUAAAUUGCUACGCGCUCCCAUUCUGCUUAUAAAACGUGAUCAUUAAUUCCUUAUAAAGGACACUGUAAUAUCCUUUAGAAUGGAUUAAAUAUUGAAUUAGUCUCCUUUCAGAAAUCAAUUAUAUUCAAAAAUUUUUUAUGUAGGUUAAAAAGGUGCGCUCUUGCAAUUUCUAAAAAUUGCAUUUUUAUGUUUUUAAAUAGAUAUUAAAUGCAAAUUUUUUAAUGUUUUUUAAUUUGCGCAUAUUUGCACAAAAAAAUGUGAAAAAUGAUGUAAAAUUAUCAGAAAUUUAAUCCCUUAACGCGCAACUCUGAGUUAACUCGGGCAAGCGGUAUUGGCAGAAUUGUACAAGCUCGAGUUAACUUGUAUGUUUUUUUGUGGGCAUGAAAAAUAGACUAAAUUACUUAUGUACGUAUCUGAUGAGUAUAGAUGCCAGACAGCUCGUCAGGAAUGUUUACUUUUAUUUACUCUGUUAUCAGCUGUUAAAAACCGUGUGUUAAGGGGUUAAUAUAUUUUACUGCUUAUCGUCUAUCAAAAAAUUUAUAAGAGAUACAAAAAUACAACUGAUUUCACUUUAUGCUUUUCGAUUAUUCGACAUUAGUAAAUGUUGCAUAAGACAAAACUUAAUGAAAGUAUAAUGUAAAAUAAUACGAGUCUAUAAAAUAGUCUGACAAUAAGAAGGUAUGAGAUUGCAAAAAUAAAAAUAUAAAUCCGGUUACACAUUUUUAGUGCGAUUUUCACGUUAGACGAGGCAACCAUGCGGUCACAUUAACUAUUUAGCUAUGCGCACACAUGUUUCUAGAAAUGAUUUUCUCUCCAUUAAUUUCUCUUAAUGAUCACAGUCUUCGGCGACAGCUCGAAAGAAAUUCGAUAAGCGUUUGAGUUGAAGAAGCACCGUAUUUAGAAUACGAUUAAACUAUUUUCUAGUGUAUAAGAUAUUGCGAUCACACUGAUCUGCCUUGGCUGACUACAGAGUGGUUAUUGAAGACUUGUAAAUAGAAUUGUCAUAAGAAUUGCGUAACAUAGCGGAGAACAAUUGGCAGACUUAAAUCCGUGCUGAUUCACGGAUAUAAAAUGUAGAUGAUUAAUUAACGUGUGACAGAAAAAAUUUAAUCGAAACCAACGUCUCGAGAGAACUCGAGACAUAUUGAAUAACCACUCGGUACGAAGUACCAAAUGACUGUUUAUUGUGCGAUACAAAAAUCUAGACUUAGACGGGAUAUUUAAAGCACGACUAAUACAAUCGAGGAGUUUCGUGUUUCUCUCGGUUUAACAAUUGUACAACAAUUGUGUUCCAAAUGCAAAUGAGCACCAUCAUACUAGUGAUCUAAUAACGAUUAAGUCAUCGAGAUAAAAAAAAAGAUUUAUACAUACAUAUAAAUAUAUUAAUAUCAGAAUUAUGUA